AUGUAAAAUUAAGAACUUUUGUCAGCAAUAGUAGAUUGGAUGAAUAAGAUAACUUUUUUAAAAUUUCAUACAAACUUUAAAGAAUAUGCUGAUGGGACAUUAUUUAUUCAAAUAUUAAAUCACAUUAAUACAGAUCAUUUUGGAUCUACUUUUCAUGUGCAAUAUAAAAAAAAUUAUAUAGGUUUUAGAAAAUUAGUCAUAUACUGAUAAUUGGGCUCUUAAUAUGUCAAGAUUAAAAUUAGUUGUAGACAAAUUAGCAGAUUAUACACAUAAAUAAUUAGAUAUAAAUGUUAUGGAAAUUGCAAAAGAUAGAAAUGAGAAUUAAAUUUUAAAAUUAAUUGGAGUAAUUUGUUAAGUUAUUAUUAAUUCUAUAUCAUUAGCUAAUUUUAUAGAGUGAUUUCUAAGAUGAUUUUUUUGUACCAGUCUUAUAGCUAUCAGAAUAAAAACAAGAAUUAAUUUCUUAAUUUUUAUAAACUUUAGUUGACCCAUUUACACAAUCCGAAGAUAAAAGUUUAUUAGAUAAAAUAGACGAAAUAGAUUCAGAAAAUCAAAAAUUAAUCCAUUAAAACUAAGUCUUGAUGAAUGAAAUUAUAGAAUAAAAGAUGACAAUAAAAAAGUUGGAGUAGGAUAAUAAAGAAAAGAGUGAAUAAAUAGUAAUGCUUGAAUCAAAUGGUAAAACUUAUAUUUAAUAGCAAUUUAGAGAGAAAAUCUUCUUUUAAUGAAGAGAAAAUUAAAGAAUUAGAAGAAUUAAAUAAAUAAUUAUGGACAACUUAAUAAAAAACUCGAGAAUUAGAAAUAAAAGUUUAAUCUCAAUUAAGUUAAAUAAAAGAAGCAAACUUAUUAAAAGAAAAUACUCGAUUAGAGAAUGAAUAGUUAAAACUUAAAAUUAUGUAAUACAUAAAAUAAGAAUAAAAACAUGAGCAAAUAAAAGAGAAACUGUCUUAAUAGAAAUUAUAUUAUACUAAACUUAUUGAAGAUAAAGAUAGAUAAAUUAAUAAAUUAUAAACUUCUUUUUAAGACAUUUUUAAUUCAUUUUAAAAUGAAAAGAAAAGAACUUUAUCAUUAGAAACUGAAGUUUAAUCUCUUUAAUCAAAAAUUACUGAAUUAAAUCAUGAAUUUCAUUAGAAAGAAGAAAGUCUAAAUGAAAAAAUUAGAGAAGCUUCAAGAAGAGAGUCUAGAAUAAAUUCAUUUGAUGUUACUGAUUUAAGACCAGAUUCUAGAAUGAAUACUAAUGAUCAAAUAAAUCUUGCUUAAGAUUUAAAUUAAAAUAAUGAUUAAUACUAUGCUUUACAUAUGAGUAUGUUAAUUUAAGAAGAAAAUUAUAAGAAGGAGAUAGAUAUGUUGAAAGAAAAAAUAAAAAACUAAGAAUAAUAGAUAAAAGCUUGGAAAUAACUUAAUGAAAGAUCUGAAGAAAAAUUAAAGUAAUUAGAGUCCAAGUCAAUAUCAAUAAAUGAUAAUUAAUCUGCUUAACACAUCGCUUAAUAAAAUGAAUAGAUUAAACAUUUAACCAAUAUGCUCAAUUCCUUUAAUGAUAAGUUUAUUAAAAUAAGAGAAGAACAUUUAAGACUUUUAAAAACUUGUUAAUGA